GUGCAUUUUGGUGGUGCUUGUUAUUGGCCAAGUGCGUGGUGCGCGGAGUUGCUGCCGUGCCGCUCCUCUCAGCGCUGCUGGGCUAACUGAGGAGAGGAGGAGGAGAGUCCAAAGCGGAGGCGCACAGGUUUCAGAAGAUGCUCUUGAAUAAAUUGCUGUCCCUGGAACUGUAGUUCGUGGCACUGCCCAGAUGCAAAUUCUACCAGAAAAGGUGGACUUAAAUUGAAUGUAGAGGGUAAUUCCAAAUAACCUGGCCUGAUGCGCAUACAGAAGGAAUGAAGCAUGGAUGUGAAAGAACGCAGACCUUAUUGCUCCCUGACAAAGAGCAGAAGAGACAAGGAACGGCGUUACACAAAUUCUUCAGCAGAAAACGAAGAAUGCAGAGUGCCUACACAGAAGUCUUACAGUUCGAGUGAAACCUUGAAAGCUUUUGAUCAUGAUUCCUCCAGAUUGCUGUAUGGAAACCGGGUAAAAGAUUUGGUCCACAGGGAAUCAGAUGAGUAUAACAGGCAAGGACAGAAUUUUACCCUAAGGCAGUUAGGAGUUUGUGAACCAGCAACUCGAAGAGGACUGGCAUUUUGUGCUGAAAUGGGGCUCCCCCACAGAGGUUACUCUAUCAGUGCAGGGUCAGAUGCUGAUACAGAAAAUGAAGGAGUGAUGUCUCCAGAGCAUGCCAUGAGACUUUGGGGCAGGGGGGUCAAAUCAGGCCGCAGUUCCUGUCUCUCAAGUCGUUCCAACUCAGCCCUCACUUUAACUGAUACUGAGCAUGAAAACAAGUCCGACAGUGAGAAUGGGACUUCUGCCCAGCCCACCAUAUGUUGGAAUACUGCAUAUCUUGAUGAGGAUCUGAUCCUGAUUGGAGAUCCUGAAUGCCACCAAAAUACAAGUCCUCCCAUGCCAUCCUCCUCAUCUAGUCAAUCUGUUAUUGAACAUUUACAUUCCCCUCCUCCAUCUCCUAAUCUCCAUGACAACCAGAGAUGGUUGCUAAGUACUAGUGCUAUCCAGCCAGUUCAGGACUCUGACACUGAUGAGGACUAUACAGCCAGCUCUUAUCUAGUACAGACCGGUCCUGUUUCAGUUUUUGCCUCAGGUCAUGAGCAACCUCCAAAUAACCAAGGCCAGUCGACCCUGCAACAUUUGCCACCUUCUCACAAGCAGCAUUCAGCACAGCAUCACCCAUCUAUCACCUCCCUUAACAGAAACUCACUGACAAAUAGGAGGAACCAGAGUCCGGCCCCGCCGGCUGCUUUGCCCGCCGAGCUGCAAACCACACCCGAGUCGGUCCAGCUGCAGGACAGCUGGGUCCUUGGCAGUAAUGUGCCACUGGAAAGCAGGCAUUUCCUAUUCAAAACAGGAACAGGGACAACACCACUGUUCAGUACUGCAACACCGGGUUACACAAUGGCAUCCGGCUCUGUUUAUUCCCCUCCUACACGGCCACUACCUAGGAAUACCUUAUCAAGAAGUGCUUUUAAAUUUAAGAAGUCUUCAAAGUACUGUAGCUGGAAAUGUACAGCGCUCUGUGCUGUAGGGGUCUCCGUGCUACUGGCAAUACUACUAUCGUACUUUAUAGCAAUGCAUCUCUUUGGCCUCAACUGGCAGUUACAACAAACUGAAAAUGACACAUUUGAAAAUGGAAAAGUGAAUUCUGAUAGUGUGCCAACAAACACUGUAACGUUACCUUUUGGUGAAAAUGGAAAAUUAGGAGGAUUUGCACAAGAAAACAGUACUAUAGAUUCUGGAGAACUUGAUAUAGGCCGGAGAUCAACACAAGAGGUUCCUCCUGGGAUCUUCUGGAGGUCACAGCUUUUCAUUGACCAGCCACAGUUUCUAAAAUUCAAUAUUUCCCUUCAGAAAGAUGCAUUGAUUGGAGUGUAUGGCCGAAAAGGCUUACCACCUUCACAUACUCAAUAUGAUUUUGUUGAACUUUUGGAUGGGAGCAGGUUGAUUGCAAGGGAACAGCGCAAUCUUCUUGAGGCAGAGAGAGCUGGCAGGCAGGCCCGAUCAGUCAGUCUUCAUGAAGCUGGUUUCAUCCAGUAUUUGGAUGCUGGGAUCUGGCAUUUGGCUUUUUAUAAUGAUGGGAAAAAUGCAGAACAAGUGUCUUUCAAUACCAUUGUAAUAGAGUCUGUGGUGGAAUGCCCUCGAAAUUGCCAUGGAAACGGAGAGUGUGUAUCAGGAUCAUGCCAUUGUUUUGCUGGAUUUCUGGGCCCUGAUUGUUCAAGAGCAGCCUGCCCAGUAUUGUGCAGUGGAAAUGGGCAGUACUCCAAAGGACGCUGUCUGUGUUACAGUGGUUGGAAAGGUACAGAGUGUGAUGUGCCUACCACCCAGUGCAUUGACCCUCAGUGUGGGGGUCGUGGGAUUUGCAUCAUGGGCUCUUGUGCCUGCAACUCUGGAUACAAAGGAGAAAACUGUGAGGAAGCUGAUUGUUUAGACCCAGCCUGUUCGAAUCAUGGUGUCUGUAUUCAUGGAGAGUGCCAUUGUAAUCCAGGAUGGGGUGGUAACAACUGUGAAAUACUGAAAACAAUGUGUCCGGAUCAGUGUUCUGGCCAUGGCACUUACCUUCAAGAAAGUGGCACCUGCACUUGUGACCCUAAUUGGACUGGUCCUGACUGUUCAAAUGAAAUCUGUUCUGUUGACUGUGGCACACAUGGUGUCUGCAUGGGUGGAACUUGUCGGUGUGAAGAAGGCUGGACUGGCCCAUCCUGCAAUCAGAGAGCAUGCCAUCCUCGGUGUGCUGAACAUGGAACUUGUAAAGAUGGAAAGUGUGAAUGUAGCCAAGGAUGGAAUGGCGAGCACUGCACCAUUGCUCACUAUUUGGAUAAGAUAGUUAAAGCAGACAAGAUAGGAUAUAAAGAAGGAUGUCCUGGUUUAUGUAAUAGCAAUGGAAGAUGUACUCUGGACCAAAAUGGCUGGCAUUGUGUUUGUCAGCCAGGAUGGAGAGGAGCAGGAUGUGAUGUCGCCAUGGAAACUUUAUGUACCGAUAGCAAGGACAAUGAAGGAGAUGGAUUAAUUGACUGCAUGGAUCCUGACUGCUGUUUGCAGAGCUCCUGCCAAAACCAACCCUACUGUCGUGGACUUCCUGACCCACAAGAUAUUAUUAGCCAAAGCCAGCAAUCGCCAUCUCAGCAGGCUGCCAAAUCCUUUUAUGAUCGGAUCAGUUUUCUUAUAGGACCCGACAGCACCCAUGUCAUUCCUGGGGAAAGCCCGUUCAAUAAAAGUCUUGCAUCUGUCAUUAGAGGCCAAGUAUUAACAGCAGACGGAACACCACUAAUUGGAGUUAAUGUCUCCUUUUUACAUUAUCCAGAUUAUGGGUACACUAUCACUCGUCAAGAUGGAAUGUUUGACUUGGUGGCCAAUGGUGGUGCGUCUUUAACUCUGGUGUUUGAACGGUCCCCAUUCCUUACUCAAUACCACACGGUCUGGAUUCCAUGGAAUGUUUUUUAUGUCAUGGAUACUCUUGUUAUGAAGAAGGAAGAGAAUGACAUUCCCAGCUGUGAUCUGAGUGGAUUUGUGAGGCCAAAUCCUGUCAUUGUAUCAUCACCCCUGUCAACCUUGUUCAGGAUUUCUCCUGAGGAUAGUCCUAUUAUUCCUGAGACACAGGUAUUGCAUGAGGAGACAACAAUCCCAGGAACUGACUUGAAACUGUCAUACUUAAGCUCCAGAGCUGCAGGAUAUAAAUCUGUUCUUAAGAUCACCAUGACUCAAUCAGUGAUACCCUUUAACUUAAUGAAAGUUCAUCUCAUGGUGGCUGUGGUGGGAAGACUUUUCCAAAAAUGGUUCCCUGCUUCCCCUAAUUUGGCUUACACAUUUAUAUGGGAUAAAACAGACGCAUAUAACCAGAAGGUCUAUGGUUUAUCUGAAGCUGUUGUAUCUGUAGGUUACGAAUAUGAAUCUUGCUUGGAUUUAACACUAUGGGAAAAACGAACAGCCAUUUUGCAAGGCUAUGAAUUGGAUGCUUCCAACAUGGGUGGCUGGACACUAGAUAAGCAUCAUGUCUUAGAUGUUCAGAAUGGAAUCCUGUACAAAGGCAAUGGGGAAAACCAGUUCAUCUCUCAGCAGCCUCCUGUUGUCAGUACUAUCAUGGGUAAUGGUCGACGGAGAAGUAUUUCUUGUCCAAGUUGUAAUGGUCAAGCAGAUGGCAAUAAACUUUUGGCUCCGGUAGCCUUAGCUUGUGGUAUUAAUGGAAGUCUUUAUGUAGGAGAUUUCAACUAUGUUCGAAGGAUAUUCCCAUCUGGAAAUGUUACAAGUGUUCUUGAGCUAAGAAAUAAAGAUUUUAGACAUAGCAGUAACCCAGCACACAGAUAUUACCUUGCAACUGACCCAGUCACAGGAGAAUUGUAUGUUUCUGACACAAACACCCGGAGGAUUUAUCGCCCAAAGUUACUUACUGGGGCCAAGGACCUGACAAAGAAUUUUGACGUCGUGGCAGGGACAGGAGAGCAGUGCCUUCCAUUUGACGAAGCAAGAUGCGGUGAUGGUGGCAAGGCAGUGGAAGCAACUCUCAUGAGUCCCAAAGGUGUGGCAGUAGACAAGAAUGGAUUAAUUUACUUUGUUGAUGGAACCAUGAUAAGGAAGGUUGACCAGAAUGGAAUAAUAUCAACUUUGCUUGGCUCAAAUGACCUGACUUCAGCACGUCCUCUGACUUGUGACACUAGCAUGCAUAUUAGCCAGGUACGUCUGGAGUGGCCCACAGAUUUGGCUAUCAAUCCAAUGGAUAAUUCCAUAUAUGUGCUGGAUAAUAAUGUCGUCCUUCAGAUUACUGAAAAUCGACAGGUCCGUAUUGCUGCUGGGAGGCCGAUGCAUUGCCAAGUUCCAGGAGUGGAGUAUACAGUGGGUAAACAUGCGGUACAGACCACAUUAGAAUCAGCCACAGCUAUUGCUGUUUCUUAUAAUGGGGUGCUUUACAUUACAGAAACUGAUGAAAAAAAGAUUAACAGAAUAAGGCAGGUCACAACUGAUGGUGAGAUCUCUUUAGUUGCUGGAAUACCUUCUGAGUGUGAUUGCAAGAAUGAUGUUAACUGUGACUGCUACCAAAAUGGCGAUGGUUAUGCUAAAGAUGCCAAGCUGAAUGCCCCAUCUUCCUUAGCUGUAUCGCCAGAUGGAACGUUGUACAUUGCAGAUCUUGGAAAUAUUCGGAUACGAGCUGUAUCAAAGAACAGACCGUUGCUAAAUUCUCUCAACUUUUAUGAAGUUGCCUCUCCAACUGAUCAGGAACUUUAUAUCUUUGAUGUCAAUGGGACCCAUCAGUACACUAUGAAUUUAGUUACGGGAGACUAUCUGUACAAUUUUAGCUACAGUAAUGACAAUGAUAUCACUGCAGUAACAGACAGCAAUGGAAACACCCUUCGAAUUAGACGGGAUCCCAAUAGGAUGCCAGUAAGAGUAGUAUCGCCUGACAACCAGGUUAUUUGGUUGACUAUAGGUACUAAUGGAUGUUUGAAAAGCAUGACAGCCCAAGGACAGGAGCUAGUCUUGUUUACCUAUCAUGGCAACAGUGGACUUUUGGCAACUAAAAGUGAUGAGACUGGAUGGACCACUUUUUUUGACUACGACAGUGAAGGGCGGCUAACCAACGUCACAUUUCCAACUGGAGUGGUGACCAACCUCCAUGGGGAAAUGGAAAGAGCCAUUACAGUCGACAUUGAAUCAUCUAGCCGAGAGGAAGAUGUCGGCAUCACUUCAAAUCUGUCAUCAAUUGAUUCUUUCUACACCAUGGUCCAAGAUCAGUUGAGAAACAGCUACCAGAUUGGUUAUGAUGGGUCCCUCAGAAUUAUUUAUGCUAGUGGUCUGGACACGCAUUACCAAACAGAACCACAUGUUUUAGCUGGCACAGCCAAUCCAACGGUAGCAAAAAGAAAUAUGACUCUUCCUGGAGAAAAUGGUCAGAAUUUAGUGGAGUGGAGAUUCCGAAAAGAACAAGCCCAAGGCAAAAUCAAUGUGUUUGGCCGAAAACUCAGAGUUAAUGGCAGGAACCUCCUUUCAGUUGACUUUGAUCGGAUGACAAAGACAGAAAAGAUCUAUGAUGACCACCGUAAAUUUCUGUUAAGGAUUGCUUAUGACUCAUCAGGACAUCCAACUCUCUGGCUACCGAGCAGCAAGCUGAUGGCUGUCAACGUUACCUAUUCAUCUACAGGUCAAAUUGGAAGUAUCCAGCGUGGGACCACAAGUGAGAAAGUGGACUAUGAUGGCCAGGGUAGGAUUGUUUCUAGAGUUUUUGCUGAUGGCAAAACAUGGAGUUACACGUAUCUUGAAAAGUCUAUGGUCCUUUUGCUGCACAGCCAACGUCAGUAUAUCUUUGAAUAUGACUUACUGGACAGGCUUUCUGCUAUUACCAUGCCCAGUGUUGCUCGCCAUACCAUGCAGACUAUCCGUUCCAUUGGCUAUUAUCGGAACAUCUACAAUCCCCCUGAAAGCAAUGCCUCUGUCAUCAUGGACUACAAUGAGGAAGGGCAGCUACUACAAACUGCUUUCUUGGGCACAAGCCGAAGAGUCCUGUUCAAAUACCGAAGGCAGACCAGGCUCUCAGAAAUUCUGUAUGAUAGUACAAGAGUCAGUUUUACAUAUGAUGAGACAGCAGGGGUUCUGAAAACAGUAAACCUCCAGAGUGAUGGUUUUAUCUGCACCAUUAGAUACAGACAAAUUGGCCCAUUGAUUGACAGGCAGAUUUUCCGCUUUAGCGAAGACGGAAUGGUAAACGCCCGAUUUGACUACAGCUAUGACAAUAGCUUCAGAGUGACUAGCAUGCAAGGCGUUAUCAAUGAAACUCCAUUGCCUAUUGAUCUUUACCAGUUUGAUGACAUUUCCGGAAAAGUUGAGCAGUUUGGAAAAUUUGGGGUUAUAUAUUAUGAUAUUAACCAGAUAAUAUCAACGGCUGUAAUGACUUACACAAAACAUUUUGAUGCCCACGGGCGCAUAAAGGAAAUCCAGUAUGAAAUAUUCAGGUCACUUAUGUACUGGAUUACAAUUCAGUAUGAUAAUAUGGGACGGGUAACAAAAAGAGAAAUCAAAAUAGGGCCAUUUGCUAACACAACCAAGUAUGCUUAUGAAUAUGACGUUGAUGGUCAGCUACAGACAGUUUAUCUCAAUGAGAAAAUAAUGUGGCGAUACAACUAUGAUUUAAAUGGUAACCUCCACUUGCUCAACCCAAGUAAUAGUGCUCGUCUGACACCACUAAGGUAUGAUCUGAGAGACAGAAUCACUCGACUAGGUGAUGUUCAAUACCGGCUAGAUGAAGAUGGAUUCCUGCGACAGAGGGGUACUGAGAUCUUUGAAUACAGCUCAAAGGGCCUUCUAACCAGAGUUUACAGCAAAGGAAGUGGGUGGACAGUAAUAUAUCGUUAUGAUGGACUUGGGAGACGGGUUUCAAGCAAAACCAGUCUGGGACAGCACCUUCAGUUUUUUUAUGCAGAUCUCACCUAUCCAACAAGGAUAACUCACGUAUACAAUCAUUCAAGUUCUGAAAUCACCUCUCUCUACUAUGAUUUGCAAGGACACCUUUUUGCCAUGGAAAUUAGCAGUGGGGACGAGUUCUACAUUGCAUCAGACAACACUGGCACACCAUUGGCCGUUUUUAGUAGCAAUGGUCUAAUGCUUAAGCAGGUCCAGUACACUGCUUAUGGUGAGAUCUAUUUUGACUCCAACCUUGACUUCCAGUUGGUAAUAGGAUUCCAUGGAGGCCUUUAUGACCCUCUCACCAAACUAAUUCAUUUUGGCCAAAGAGAUUAUGACAUACUGGCAGGCCGCUGGACCACACCUGACAUUGAACUCUGGAAAAAAAUAGGGAAGGAUCCAGCUCCUUUUAAUCUGUACAUGUUUAGAAAUAACAAUCCAGCCAGCAAAAUACAUGAUGUGAAAGAUUAUAUCACAGAUGUUAACAGCUGGCUAGUGACAUUUGGUUUCCACCUGCACAAUGCUAUUCCUGGUUUCCCUGUGCCCAAAUUUGAUUUAACGGAGCCCUCAUAUGAACUUGUGAAGAGUCAGCAAUGGGAUGAUGUACCGCCAAUUUCUGGAGUCCAACAACAAGUGGUCAGGGAAGCAAAAGCAUUCUUGUCACUGGGGAAAAUGGCAGAAGUCCAGAUCAGCAAGCGUAGGCCUGGCAGUGAGAAAUCGUGGCUGUGGUUCGCAACUGUAAAGUCCCUGAUUGGGAAAGGGGUGAUGCUUGCUGUCAAUCAAGGCAGAGUGCAGACUAACGUGCUCAACAUUGCAAACGAGGAUUGUAUCAAAGUGGCAGCUGUUCUGAACAAUGCAUACUACCUGGAGAACUUACAUUUCACCAUUGAAGGAAAGGACACGCACUAUUUUAUAAAGACCACUUCACCAGAGAGCGACCUAGGCACGUUGCGAUUGACAAGCGGCCGGAAAGCCCUGGAAAAUGGCAUCAACGUCACCGUUUCACAGUCUACCACUGUAGUAAAUGGCAGGACUCGUAGGUUUGCCGACGUUGAAAUGCAGUAUGGUGCACUGGCUCUUCAUGUCCGCUAUGGCAUGACUCUUGAUGAGGAAAAGGCGCGGAUAUUAGAGCAGGCUAGGCAAAGGGCUUUAUCCAAUGCCUGGGCCAGAGAACAGCAAAGAGUGAGAGAUGGAGAGGAAGGCGCCAGACUAUGGACCGAAGGGGAAAAGAGGCAGCUGCUGAGUGCUGGAAAAGUCCAAGGAUAUGAUGGGUACUAUGUACUCUCUGUAGAGCAAUACCCUGAAUUAGCAGACAGCGCUAACAAUAUACAGUUCCUUAGGCAAAGUGAGAUUGGAAAGAGGUAACACACUGGUUUAGCUGGGCUGCCAAAGAGACUGACUGCACCAGUGUCUUCUAAGAGGGAGACCAAAUGGUUUUGCUGCAAAACUACUUGAGCCUAAAUACACGCCCUUGCUCAGAUUUUUUUUCUGUAGCACAAUCUGAAUAGACUCUACAAAGACGAGAGAGCCUUCCAGAAGAAUGAUACUGCUAAAAAACCAGACUGGGGUUUUUUUCUGAAUGACCUUAAAGGUGAUCUGCUUUAAAAAUAUGUUUACAUAUGCAUAUCGCUGCACUCUAGUUGGACUGAAAGUAUUAAAAAAGAAAGGCCUAAAGGGUUUGGAACAGUCUGCCUAUUCCUUUGAGGCACUGUCUUUCACUAAGAUACCCAUAUGGUGUUUCCAAAUAUUACUAAAUUGUUGACCUUUGCCUACAAAGAAAUCGUCUAUCUUCUCUCUCUCUCUCUCUCUCUCUCUCUUAAUCUCUCUCAGUCUUACUUGAUCUCUUCCUCUGUCUGCAUAGGAUGUGGUAUAUAUCUCUGUUCAUUUUAAUAUGUGGAGGGCAAAAAAACCUCUUGUUUAUGGACACCCUGACGGCUUUAAACUGUGCUGCUUUCUAAAAGGACAUUGGCACAAGCAAUUUAUGCUACAAUGGGAAUUUAAUAAUGGAUUUUACAAUGAUAAUGUGGUUUGCCUUGGGGGUGGGGGGGGCAGGAAUGGCAAGUGGGAACCUUGUCAACAGAGAAGCAAAGGAAACCUUGAUUUUUUUUGUAAAUUAUGUGAGACAAGUUGUUUAUGGAUUUUUAUAUGAAUUACAAUUUACUGUACAUCAAAUAUUAGUCUCAGAGGAGUUAAUUUAUGUAAAGUGUUUAAAAAAAGGUUUAUACUUAAAAUAAAAUGAUAAAAAUGU